AUGACAGAAAUAAGUUUUGGGCACGCGCUUCCUAGUAACUUAGAUUACGCGGUGACGUUUGGUAUUCCCACUUGGGAUUCGGCGAUUGGUUAUGUUGAGAAAGACCCCAAGUUCGUAAGCAAAAUGGCCACGGGAUAUCCUAGGUAUUUCCCUCAACCAGCUAUCCAGGAACUUUGCAGUUAUUUUACCAAUAAGUAUGGGCGAGAAUCAGAAAGCUGCCGCCCCUUUCCUUCCUUGAAUGCCGGCCUCGAAUGUCUGAAACAUGUGCAAUCAGUUAUUGGACAUGAAAGUGAAGCUCGUCUUGAAGUGGAAAGCCUUGUAUUCGAAAGCAAUGCAAAUGAGAUGAUUGAGAAUCCUUUUCGAUAUGUUAUCACGAUCGCAGCUGUCUUAGCGCCAGAAAAUGAAUUCGAGGUUGUUAAAGAGUAUUGGAAGUUAGCGGGUGAAUGUGUAUCAAGCCGAUUAGCAGUAUUUGUCAACCAAUUUCUUCACAGCCCAGAUUUUAUUACUAGCCAAAAAUCGCCGGAGGCCUCAGCAAAGCUUAUUGUUACUAUGAAAGAGGGAGACGAGGCUAAAAUAUUGCUAAAGAGAAGGAUAGCCCAGAACCAUUGCCAUCCAUUCGGCUCGGGCAGACUAAAGCAGAAUGGAGAAGACUUAAUCUUGAACCCGGAGAAAGACGUACAUCUGAUGUCAAGUGGCAUGUCUGCAAUUUUUACAGCGCGGAAACUGCUUACGUUUUGGGACGCACAAAUGAGAAGUGAACACGCAUUAAACAAAAGCGGUCUCGAGCCUGAAGCUCAGCCAUCAGCGCGAACUACAGCUGUUAUAUUUGGGUUUCCCUUCAAGGAUACACGGGUUAUCAUGGAAAACUUCGGAAACUGCGAAUUCUUUGGAUUUGGAGAUUCCAAAGAUUUAACGAAACUCAAGAGAUUCUUGGACACAGGCAAGCAGCAAAUUCUUGCAGUUUUUGUUGAAACACCUUCAAAUCCUUUGUUGAAUAUGCCUGACCUGGGAGGACUGAGGAAGUUGGCGAACGAGCAUGGUUUUUUUAUUGUUGUUGAUGACACUAUAGGAGGGCUUAACAUUGAAAUAUUAGCAUUUGCAGACAUAGUUUGCAGUUCCCUAACCAAACUGUUUAGCGGCUCCAGUAACGUUAUGGGAGGGUCGCUUAUAUUGAACCCAAAAUCUUCUUUGUACCCGUGUGCCAAGGAGUACUUUUCAAGCAAUAAAUUUGAGGACCUACUCUGGUGUCAGGAUGCGGUCGCCCUCGAGAUCAAUUCCAGGAACUUUGAAGAUAGGACGUUACGUACUAACGAAAAUACUGAGAAACUAUUGAGUGGCUUGCUUUUAUCAGAGGAAAAGAAAACAAUAAAGAAAAUUUAUUAUCCAACUUUGAGCUCCACGGAAACACUCAAAAAUUAUGAAUUUGUCCGCACUGAGCGCGGCGGCUACGGUUGUUUGUUUUCUUUGGCCUUCUACAAUGAGCAGGACGCCGAAUUUUUCUAUAACUCAUUGAAAGUGUUCAAAGGACCCUCGAAUGGAACCAACUUUACUUUGGCAUGUCCCUAUGUUCAUUUGGCGCACCACUUCGAACUCGAGGAAGUCUCUCAAUUUGGGGCUGACCCAAACUUUGUUAGAGUUAGUGUGGGCUUGGAAAAUAUCGAGUGGUUGCUGAAGGUCUUUUCAGAGGCAAUAGAAGUAGUCAAAUUAAAUCGUUCAGAUUCCAAAGUAAAUUGUUAA